AUGAAAAGUGAAAACAGAAAUGAGUGAGGUAGCAUUGGAAUUAAUAGUGACGGUAAAAACAGGCGAAACAAAACGAUUUAGCAAAUCAUGUGGUAAAAAUAACUCAACAGUAAGCCUUAAUAAUUUACACAAAAACUGUGUGGAGUUACAAAAUGAAGUUAAUGGAUACCUUACGACACUAGUUGAAGAAGAAAGAAGUGUUACGAAUGUAAACAAUGGAUCGAAAACGAAUGAGUCAGAUGUAGACGAGGAUAUGAGUGAUGAUGAUGAAGAUGAAGAUUCUGUUGAACCAAAUGGCCCACAUGCUAAAAGACUGAAACAAUGAGAUGAAAUUUCAAAUGCCAUAUUGUUAUCUUAAACCUAAUAAAUCUCAUAAAAUUCUAGUAA